AUGGAAUUUGCUAACUUAGGAGCACAUUGCGCACAUCCAGGAUGCAACCAGCAAGAUUUUUUACCCUUCAAGUGCGAUUUAUGCAGGCUCGACUUUUGCCAAUAUCAUAGGAGCUUGACAGAACAUCGCUGUACAAGAGAACCGAAAGGCUGGGAAAUUUUCAAAUGCCCUAUUUGCAAUCGAGCUAUUGACCUAAUCCCUGGCCAAGACCCUAAUAUAACGUGGGAAAGCCAUAUGAACUCUGGAGGCUGUCAAGAACCAGAAAAGAAAAAGUGUCCAGUUCCCAAGUGCAAUAAAACAUUAACUGGAGUCAACUGUGUCGAGUGCAAUCGAUGCCAUCAAACUUUCUGCUUAACCCACCGAUACUCCGACACUCAUAACUGUGUUCAUCCCUUAGAAAGAAUCAUAAUUGAUAUGAUGGUGUCGACGAAAUAUGCCAGUAAACCAUCCUGAUCGUAAGGGUCACUAUGUAGUCUAAAUCACGGUUCAGGCUCUUUAACUCUAACGUUUACCUAUUGGAUUUUAGAUGUUUGGAGGUAGGUGACCUUCGAGUCAGUUGGUGCUGAGUCAAGAUCAAGUAUUGCACCUGACUCUUUAUUAAUUUAUGAAAGAAAAAUACCUUUAGUCAUUUUAAAAAACAAAUUUAAAACAGGAGAUAAAGAUGAAAUUUUUAAAUUUAUUUUUCAAUUUUUCCUUUUUAAAAGUCAUUGCUCUUAAAGAUCUAUAUAAAGGGUACGCACUAUAUUGAUUAUCCAGACGGUUUAGGGCAACGGUAAUUUUCUAGAGAGUGAGGUUCUUUUUUCCUGGGUGUCAUCUCUCCGAAAGUUAACCUAUAGGAACGAUCGUACUAGCCUUAUGGUAUGCUGAAAGCGGACUUAGUAACUCAUUGAAACUCUUGGGAUUCACAGUGAAAGCCCUUUACCUUAAGAUCUUUAUUCCAAUAGUAGCUAAAUUCCCGCCUGACAAGUAGGUUAUAUAGCGCUUUUCCUAAGAUGGCGCAUUGCACGCCAUCUUAAGAAAGGCGCUAUAUCAUUUAUCGGAAGCUUGAGGGUAUCAAAUCUUGGAGACUUUAAAACUUUUUAAUUUAGAAAGAAUCACCAAGCCACACGGAGGUUUUCAGUGUAAGCGCUGCCCUCGAGUUUUUCCCAAAAGUGGCGAUCUCAUCCAGCACAUGAGGGCAGAACAUUUGGCUUAA